UCACGUAAUUAAUGUAAUCUAAAGAUGAACACAUGUUAAUCUUACGUUCACAUCCUUGCUAUAGAGUGGAAGACAAGAGGGUUCUAUAAAGAGCUCUUGGCACAAGCAGUUUCUCUUGCAUUGGGUGUAGUGUUGUUGUCUUAAACACCAUUGAUCAGAGCGAAGUACUCUAGCUAUGUCCAUGGAGUCCUUUAUUAGCCUUUACAAUCAAGCAAGGGCAUAUUUGCUUGUGAUUUUCGUGCAAUUUGGCUACUCAGUAAUGUCUAUACUUGCCAAGCUCGCUUUGAAUCUUGGGAUGAAGCCACACGUACUAGUAGCCUACAGAAUGGCUGUUGCCUCUAUUCUCUUUACUCCAUUUGCUCUUGUCUUAGAAAGGUCUCUUUGAUGUCUUUCUCCAUAUGUAUUUUCAUGUUAAUAGUUUGCAGAAACUAAUAAUCAUCUUGGUUUAAUAAUGCUGAACAGAAAUUCAAGGCCAAAGAUGACUUGGUGGAUGUUCGCCAAGAUAGCAUUACUGAGCUUUUUUGAGUAACAAAAAUCGAAUUAACAAGCAAUUGCUUUAUUCAUUGUCUCUAAACAUAGUUUUUAUAAAGUUUAUGCAAUUGCUGAUGUUAUUCCGUAUUUGUUACCUUUACAAGGCCAGUGCUAGACCAGAACUUGUUCUACGCUGGGAUGAAAAUUACUACACCAACUUUCGUGCUUGCAAUGUGCAAUAUUCUUCCGGCCAUGACAUUUGUUAUGGCUUGCAUCUUCAAGCUUGAGAAGGUGGAUAUGAGGAGGCUGCACUUCCAGGCAAAGGUGGUUGGGACACUGGUAACAAUCGGAGGAGCGAUGCUACUUCCAUUAGCUCAUGGACCAUUAAUAAAUUUGCCAUGGACCAAGAGGAAUUUCUGUCGCGGUCAAUCUGCACAUAGCGUACACAUCCAAGAUCUCAUUAAGGGUGCUGUUAUGGUUAUAUUUGGGUGUUUAAGCUGGUCAAGUUUCAUUAUUCUGCAAGCAAUGAUUCUAGAAUCAUACCCAGCUAAGCUUUCCCUUGCUGCUUUAAUGUGCAUAAUGGGCACCGUGGAAAGCACCAUACUGGCCUUCGCAGUGGAACGAGCCAACACUGCAGUCUGGUCUGUAUACUUCGAUAUCAGACUUUUAGCUGCUGUUUAUGGUGGAAUACUCUCAGGACUAGCUUACUAUAUUUUCGGAUUGUUAGUAAAGGAAAGGGGUCCGGUGUUUAUGAGUGCUUCAAAUCCUCUAAGCCUGGUGAUGGUUGCAAUUUUGGGGUCCUUCAUCUUCAAAGAGAAAUUCUAUCUAGGCAGGGCUAUAGGCGCCAUCGUGAUCGUUCUAGGCCUGUAUCUUGUUCUAUGGGGUAAGAGCAAGGAUCAAACUACAACAUCCAAUGGUGGCGGUGGAACACCAUAUGAGCAAACAGCUAGCGCGGUAGGAAAUUUACAGGCUUCUAAUCAUGGCUUGGUUGCCAGUAAUGUUAAUGCAGCAUGACCCAUGGAUGAACCUGUUUAAAGAACCUAACUCAAGGUGUCUUCAGUUUUCCAUAGAACAAGCUCCAUUGAGCCUAAUACCCUAGCAUGAUUAUUAAGAUUUUUGCUACAACAAAUGUUAAAAUCAGUACAAAACAGAGACGGGCCAAUCCGUUU